AUGAAUAUUGAAAAGGCUGAAAUAAACUCCAAAUUAAUAGAGCUUUCUAAGCAAAAUUUAGAAGAUAAAAGUAAAAAAGAAUUAGAGCUCAAGCAAAAACAUGAGGAAUUAUUAGAACAAAGAAGAAUUAUAUUAAAAUCGUUGUUAACUCCAGAAGCUCAUGCAAGAUUGUCUAGGAUUGCCAUUGUAAAAGAAGAAAAAGCUAGAAAAAUAGAAGAUAUAAUUAUAAGAAAUAGUCAAAUGGGCUUAUUAUAUAAAAAAAUUGAUGAUGAUCAAUUAAUUAAAAUUAUAGAGCAAAUCAGUGAAAAAAUCUAUAAGAAAGAACCUAUUAGAAGAAGAAAACAAUUUGAUGAUGACGAUGAUUUUAACGAAGAAGAUUACAUUUAA